GCUGGGAAACAGCUACUAAUCUACCUUGCUCGCCCCGCUGUUUUCAAACACAGUAGCAAGCGGAUUUAGUAAAGAAACAUGCUAUAGAUUUCCCACAGUACUUUAAAACAUGAGUGCAGCAUCUAUACUCUUUUGUUCGUGGCUGGCCAGAGUUUUCGUGAUCUGUGUAAGCAUAAGCUUCUUAAAUUUGCAUUGCUCCAGGUAAGUGAAUAUUGUUUUUCAAACCAAUAUCAGUAUGGUAAUGUGAUAGAUAGUGACGUUUAAUGGUAACCUUCUGUUCUGAUAUUUGUGUGGUACAUGGAAAGUGCCUCUUGAGCUAUUUCUGGAUUAGCUGCAAAGUUUCACCAAAGGAGGACCAUAUUGAACUGAACAUGUUGCAAAGUGACAUGCAUUUGAACAAGCCUGAUCGCUUGGAGACUCCAAAGUAUGUGAAAUGGUGCUCUGAUAUUCAGUAACAUCUUUCUCCCUGUGGCUGUCUUGCCUAGUCGAGUCUAAAAUUUAAGAUAUUGGGGGGGAGUGAAUAUUGUAUAUGCCAACUUGUCACUUCCACUUUUGUACAUACUCCACUUCAUAUGAGUGAUACCUUCUGUUUCCAUGCUGUCAACCACAUACCUUCCAACACUUAUCCAAUGAAAUAGGGAUGUCCUAUUCCAUACCCUACAGCAUUUCUCCCAGGACAUUCUGGGAUCAAUCAGAAACCAGGACAGCUUCUGCAAAUCCGGGACUGCCCCUGGAAAACAGGGACACUGGUCUGCAACCAUUAAUCCUCACCUUCCAUUACAGGAGCUGUGCUGCUGUUUAUAAGUUUAUCCCAUUGUUAUUAUUUAACAUUUAAAGGCCUGCAACACUAGAGCUGAUUUUACGGGAAAGGUCCAUGUGGCUGUAGGCCUUUAAAUAUCACACUGAUGCCCAUAGGAUAAACACAUGGACAUGGUUCUUCCACAAUGCUAGUGUAAUACUUAAAGAAUCUUCACUCUGGGUUUCUUAGGUACUGUCGCCUGCCCAUCUCAGAGGCAUGUCACUAAAGGGCCACCUUUGACUUUUUCCUGUCCUUCUCCUUUAGCAGCCAAGCAAACUCUGCAUCCUUCACUACAUCUCCCAGAGUUACCUUUUCCUGUACAUCUACUUCUAUCAGGAAGUCAUCUGGAAGACGACUAUAACUUCUUUCCUACUAACACCCUCUUCCGCAAAGCUUCCCUUUUUAAAAAAUACAUACACACACUAAAUUCACAUUUUCCACCUAUUGUUUGAUCAUGUAAUUCUGUUUCCCUACAUGUUAACCUCAGGCACUUCAUCCUUACUUUUAAUGCCCUCCACCUCUCCUACACUGCUGCCCCGUUGUAACUUCGUCAGACCUUCAUUAUGUAUAAUCUCUUCUCCCAUCAACCCCUUUUGUCAUCUUAUUCUGAAGAAUUGCACUCUAUGCCAGGAACAGCCACCCCUCGCUACUUAGCUGCUUUUUGUUCCUAAUAUUAAUAAUAGCACUCAUUUAUUUUAAUAUGACAAAAAGUGUUAAGCAGAUGUCAGGUAGGUAUAUUGUGUUUCACUUUCGAUCAGACCUUUCAAUGCCUGAUUAAGUUGUAAGCAGUACAAUUAAGAGAAGUAUCAAUUAUUUUCUUAACUGGGCAAGCAGUUGGAAUAUAUCAUGGCGGUGUAAAAUGUACACUUACGUCAUGUAAAUCUACUUGUUGCAAACCUGCUUCUGCUAAAAGAAAUUGCUGAAGCCAGUGGCAUUCCCAUCUUAAUUAUUUGUGCAUUGUUUAUUUCUCUUCAUCUUUCUAGAAAAUAGCAUUUGUCUUUGUUCUUUAUUUCUGGCUUGCUGUUGUUGUUGUUUUUCAAAUUACUCCUCGAAGCAGAAUUUACACCCUGCUCUGGGUGUUUAACCCACUAUAAUCAAGGUGGAUGGAAGCUUUUAUUAACUGCCAGUUGAAAAUUAAUUAUCAUUUUAAUUUCUUUUGUAAUUAAAGUUUGAUUACAUUCCCAAAGACUUUCAGAAAAUUGAUUGUAGGAAGUAAUAGUUGCGACAACAAGGCAUGCUUAUUGCUCCAGAAAAAUUUAUAAAUAAGACUCGUGGAUCUGUGUGUUAAGGAUGGCAAAACACUGCUGCUCCCCGCCAUAUUUUGUAUUCCUUGGAAAAUACAAUGAGACCUAUUUGAAGGUGUCUUUGAAACAGGCGCAUCUUGCCCCCCUAGUCCUAAGGGAGCUCAUUAAAACAGGACUGCACAAUUUGCAGGCCCCCCAAGCCAAAUGCUGCAUCCUUCUGCCAAGCAGUUGACACUCCCCCUCCCAUUUUUCCAACCCUAGAAGGCAGCAGUAGAACAGGCUUAACAAUCCUUGGGACUGAAUAUGGCUUGGUGGACCACACAGUUUUCAGACUAGCAUUAAAAUACGUUAUAUGUCAUUCUGGAAAACAGGAGGAGGAGGAGGAAGAAGAAGAGGGCAGCGAUAAGUGUGCUAUCAAGCAUAGCUUGGAGGGCAGUCUUUUAGGACUCCAAUUCUAAAAUGCAUGAGGAGACACUUAGGAGUUCAUGCGGAGUGUCCCAGGUUCAGAAGAUCAACUUAUGGAGGAUGAUUGAGUGGCGGGGGCACAGCUAGUGUGCAAAUCCUUACUGCCUCUUCUUUUCUAUAUUAUUAUUAUUAUUAUUAUUAUUAUUAUUAUUAUUAUUAUGUUUUGUUUCCGUAUGUUUCUGAUAUAGAACAUCUGAAGAGGCAUACUCAACCCUGAAAAUGAUCACUAAAUAGAUUUCUUUUUGCUGGUGAUAUCAGGAGGUUUUCUAGUAUUAUUUCAUGUCAUUUGUGCAGUCAAAGGCUUUACACCACAUGCACACAGAGAGACUUAUCAGGUUUUUAUUAAUAGCCUUGUCUGAGAAAAAAGGGCUUAACAUUUGACUCAUAAUGUUUUACAUGGAGGUAACAAUCGUCAGUGUGUCAACUUGAAAUAUGAAGUAUUCUCUCUGUUUCAUGGGAAACCGUUGAUGGGUUGUAUAAUAUACAAGGAAAAGAAUAGAUUCCUAUCAGGUAUUGUAUUAGUUACAGAAAGUGAAUUGGUUGUGUGUAUGUAUUUGUUUUACCUUCCUCCAUUUCUACUAAUACAUAUAGAUUAAAACCUAUAAAAUCCCUUCAUAUGUUAAAGAGGCAGAAUGGAAACCCGGCCAUUUGCAACUACUCUGUGUCCCAUCUCUGUCUCAUAAGCAUCUCAGAGUGAAGGCAUGAAAGAGUCCCAUAAAUUGUCCAUGUUCAAGCUGCAGCCAGGCUAUAAGGCAGGCAUGGUUGACCUGUUGCCCUCCUGAUGUUGCCAAACUACAAUACUCAUCAUCCCUGGCCAUGCUGGCUGAGGGUGGUGGGAAUUGUAGUCCAGCAGCAUUUGAAGGGCACAGGCUAGCCACUGCUCCCCACCGAUUUCCACAGUCUCAAGCAUUAAUACUUCUGAAUACCAGUUUGAUGUCAUCUGCAAAUUUGAUGAGCAUGCCCUCAAGUUGUUGAUAAAGAUGCUGAACAGCUGUAGGCCCAGGACCAUAGAUGUCAGGUCUAGGGGCCCCUGGAUGCCAGGGCACCCACAAUUUUUAUUUUUGCUUAGCUCUCACAACAUGGGGUUCCGACAUGACUUCCAGUUUCUACUAGAGACCUGAUGCAACCCCCCAGAGGAGGUCAGAGGCCCUGCCAGGCCUCCAAACCCGAUUUCCAGUACAAACCGGAAGUCACAUCAAAGGACUCACGAGGCCUCAGAUGUGACCUCCAAGGCCCUGCAAGGUCUUAGAAGCAAUGUCAGAGGCCCUGCCAGGCCUCCGAAUGCGACUUCCAGUAGAAACCGGAAGUCGCAUCGGAGGUCUUGCGAGGCCUCGGAUGUAACCUUCGAAACCCUGCGAGGCCUCGGAAGUGCCGCUGAGCCACCGCCACAACGUGACAUCAUGAUGUCAUGACAUCAUGACGGCACAUUACAUCAUGGGCUCCACUAGGUACCCAUAACCUGGGUUCCAUGUCAGCACCCCUGCACAGGACAGAACCCUGUAGCACCCUACUUGUCAUCACUUUUUUCCAGAAUGUUGAGGAACCAUUCAUGAGCACUCUUUGGGUUCAGUCAGUCAACCAGCUACAAAUCCACCUAUCUGUUACCUAAUCCAGUGAGAACCAUAUACUUGUGGAGGGAGCAAGAAGGGUGGAGGGAGGACCACUAAUUCAAUACAGUGAAUAAGCUCUGAAUAUCAAGCUUCUGUGACACCAUAGCAAUUCAGCCAAUAGCUAGGAAGGGACUUCAAAGUGGCAGGUUAAAUUCAGCCUGGGCUUAUUAGAUUUUGUCUCACCAUUUACUGAGUUUCAGUGAGUUUUGGUCAGUUGGCAUCACCUCAAGCUGAGAUGCAACAUCAACUCUGGAUACUAUCUACACACCCAUUAGUACUGGGCACUGAGGUUGUAUGUUGACUGUUUUCAACAAUAAAUGCCUCUCAGUGGUAUGCUGAUGGGCAUGCAGUGGCCCAUGCAGAGUUCUGCAUCACACAUCCUUAGUAAUCACACAAGAAUUCAAUUAUGUGGGAUUUCGCUCGUGCAGCAAUUACAAUACUUGAGUUGGUUGUGCAACUUGAAUUUUGCACAAGGCAGAGUGGCAAAACUGUUGUGUACUUUAAUUGAACACCUUGUUUCUUUUUCUGUGAAUGGGAAGUGCUCUAAACUGGUGCCCAGGUGGGUGCUGGCAUUAAGAAAUAGGAGACAGAUUGACAUGCGCCCUAAUGAAAAAAUACCCUUCCCUCUAUUAAAAUGCAGUGGAGAAAAAGACAGUUCUCUUCAACUACAUGGAGCCGAUACCAAUGUGACCAAAGGCAGAUGGCGCCGGUCUCCCAGCAACCCACCACAGCCCAUCGAUUGUACACUUUCCAGCUGGUCAUCAUGGAGCACUUGCGAUCCUUGCCAGAGGAAAAGGGUGAGUGUCUUUGUGAUCUGUUUGUGUGGCAUUUCAGUGUAUUGCAAUGAGAAGCUUGCAAAGUGGCUGAUUAAUUCAAAUCAAAAUGGCUCCCUUUCAACUCCAUGUCUCUAUUACACAUCAUUUCCUUGGGUUCUCAUUUUUCAGAGCACUGAAAAAUGCCCACUUGUGCCUUGUGGGUGGCCUUUUGUGUUCUCAUAUCUAUACAUAGAAAUUCCACAGAGCAUACAAAGCCAUACUGAUCUAUGUGGGUUUUCCCCCAAAGAGUCCCUUCCUUAAAAGCAACAAUAUAACAUUUUGUUUUGAAAUAAAGUUUUUUAAAAAUGCGGAUGAGAAAAGAAACUUAGUUUGUCCUCAUUUCCUUUGCUCCAUUCCCUCAAGCCAUUAUUUAUCUUGCCCCAAAUUUCUUUUUCCUUCAUUCACCCCCAUUGCCUUUGGGCCUUUAGCUUCCAUGCACUUCUAGUCUCCAGCCUCUCCCUCAAGCAUACUCUCAUCCCAAGGGACUGUGCUGCAAUCCUUGUCAAACCAGCAACUUUUCCUCCCUUCAAAAGUUGGAUUACAAUCAUUUUGACAAGCUCUAUUCCCUAAACAGCAGGCAAGUUCAUGAGCAUCCAAUGCCAUCACACCAGCUCAGCCAACAGGUACCAGAGGUUGCACUUACACAAGCACAACAUAGACACCGCUUCCUCUUCCAAUAUUCCCAGGUGUGAAUCUGCAGAUUAAUCAGUUCAGUUCAAUUUAUGGGGCCCAAAUACCUGGUCUGAAUUUCAGACCUCAUUGUACCUGUUCAGCUGCACAUACCUGUUUGGUUGUCCACAUUUCAUAAUGGUGAAUUUAAAAAAAUCAAAAAACAAUUUAUCAGCAACAUGUGCUGUCUGGAGAAAGUCAUGAUUUAAAAAUGAGCAUGUCCACCACCCAUUGUCUUCUCUUACUUCCACUUAUUUUCAACAGAGGUAUCAUAAUCCCAACUUCAGUAUUUAUUGGCAAUCCUGUUUUGUAUCCACUUAAACAGCCUGCUUGCAGUCCCACUGCAAAGAUGGAGCAGAUAUGUUUUCUGUUGCUCCAGUGGGUCAGUUUCCUAUUCUCCCCCACCCCCACAGGCCACCUUUGACAGGUUGGCAGGACAACCCACCUUUCAAAUUGUCUGAUGUCAGGUCAAUGGCACCUGUCAGUCCCUUGUGCAGCAUUUCACAAAAACGCCCAGCAACCAGCUGGCUGUGUGGCAUUUGAGAGGGCAGCACAAUGUGCUUUGCUAGCCCUUAGAGCUAACCAUAGAGCAUGGGGUCAGCAAAGCACUUUGCACAGCAGUGGGGGAGCAAGCCUUUUAUUGUCUUUCUUGUACAGAAAGUGACUGGGAAGUUGCCACACUUUACUAGCUAUGCUAGAGCACUCCUGAUGUAGAGCCCAUUUGUGUGGAGCGCCCUCAAUAUCCUUGCUUUUGGCUGGGAGAUUAUGGCCCACAGCUGCUCAUUUUUCAUCCUUGAGCAUUUUCCACCUACAAAGUGUCUUCAGACUAAGGCUUUGAUUGUUACAGACAUUAGUGGUAAGAUUCCCAUUAUCUUCAAAAGUGCCGUAUAAUAUCAUCUUGUCACCAUGCUAAGGCUACUCAUUUUUUGAGUAGUCAUUCUUUGGCCUUGCUCAAAGCCACAGCUUACAUAUGAUUAUUUAUCAUCAUUACUUUUGUUAUUGGAAUAGCAGCUGAAAGCCCUAUUGUAUUAGAUGCUAAGAAAAGUGGAUAUAGCAAACCGAGGAGAGCACAGAUAAUAUUGAACUUGUAACUGAGAAGGUUUUAUUGCAUGCUGGCUGUUGCAUCUAGAGGUAUAGAGCUUAUCGGCACUCUAGCAUAUGACUGAAAAGUACACAAAAGCCAGUAAAAGUUUGAGACCUUUCUCCCAUGACAUCUUUCACAGCAUCACAAUGAAACUGACAGCACUGGUGAUACAUUGCAUAUGGGCCUCCUAGUCACCCUGUCAACAAUGAACAGGGGCAGCAUAGGUUAAAGCCCACAGCAAAUAUGAAAUCAUAGAAAAGAGUUGCAUGAGCACAUCUGAUCUCUGAAAUGUGCCCUAAUGGUAUGACAAGGCAGGACGGAAGAUACGUGUAUCUGGUACUAAGCAAACCCCAGAGAUUUCCACAGACCUGCUCACUUAGUGUUUCUGGAUGGAGGAUUUUGGAGGGUGUCAGAGGUAAUGGAAAUUGGGACCCUGUCAGGCACUUAGUAACUAGUUUUGGGCAGGAUUGGACCUUUGCUAGCAUGAAGGGCUUCUGGAGACCAUGGGAGAAGGUGAGGAUGCUGGGAACAUUUUUUUUAAAAGUAGAGUGGUCCCAAGGAGAGGAAACCAUCUGCAGUUUGGUGGAGCAUGGGAGGUGAGUUCAUGGUUGACAGAAGAGCAGGCAGAUAAGCAGAAAGGCAGGAGUCAUCCACCAAGAGCAGAGGACCAAUUCAGCGACAUCAGCUGAUCCAAAAACUGCUGCAGUUCCUAGAGGAGGUGUCAGUACCGAGAAGUCUCUUAGCCAGAACUGGCUUCUUCAGGGGUAUUUUCUCCUAAUUCCCCAACUGCCAAUCCAGGGGCAAAGGGGGAUUGCGGUGACAGGACUUGCCAGCAUGCUACUUCAGAGCAUUAAAUUAGAGCCUUGACUUUCCACCCCGAUCCUCUCAUCGAAGCAAUGCUCCCAGCUGCAGGGUACAUGAAUUAUGUGCGAAUCCUAUCAACAGUGAUGAUCUACUUGCCCCCAUCCUAUCCCUGGCCAGCUUUGCUUAUGGGCUAAGAGCUUAAGUGGCCUACAGCCUGCAUGGUUUUGUCUGAUACAAGAAGGAACAUGUAGCCAGGCCGCUAUUCUGUGUUAGUGGGGAGAAAACUGGGCUUUAAUCAGAAUUAGACCUCUCAGAAUCAAUGCUGUGAAGAAGAAGAAGAAGAAGAAGAAGAAGAAGAAGAAGAAGAAGAAGAAGAAGAAUUUAUAUCCUGCCCUCUCUGGCCAAAGCCGGGCUCAUAGCAGCUAACAACAGUAAAAAUAGCACAAUUUACAUAAAAUUACAGUCAACUGAUUAAAAUACACUCUAAAAUCAAUUCAGAAUCAAAUUAAUGGCAACCAUUGGGCUAGAGUUCUAUGAGGAUUACAGAUGGAGAGAGGGGUUCAGACCGUGCCUUGGCCAAAGGCCUGGUGGAACAGCUCCGUCUUGCAGGCCUUGUGGAAAGAUGUCAAGUCCCGCAGGGCCCUGGUCUCUUGCGACAGAGCGUUCCACCAGAUCGGGGCCAUGGCUGAAAAAGCCCUGACUCUGGUUGAGGCCAGUCUAACCUCCCUGUGGCCAGGAAUCUCCAAGAUGUUUUUAUUUGAAGACCGUAAGGUCCUCCAUGGGACAUACCAUGAGAGGCGGUCCCGUAGGUACGAGGGUCCUAGGCCAUAUAGGGCUUUAAAGGUUAAAACCAGCACCUUAAACCUGAUCCUAUACUCCCCCGGGAGCCAGUGCAGCUGGUAUAGCACCGGAUGAAUGUGAUCUCGCAGCGAAGACCCCGUAAGGAGUCUUGCCGCGGCAUUCUGCACCCGCUGGAGUUUCUGGGUCAGUCUCAAGGGCAGCCCCACAUAGAAUACUCGUUAAAAAGGGAAUAAAAGUUUUCCCCAACUUCGGAAGAACAACAGAACAGCAGUCAGACAGGUCUUCCUGGGAAAGGAGUUUCACAGGCAGGCCACCAAAGUGUCCCAAAUCACUCUUUUUCUCCCUACCUCUGAAGGUGCAAGGACCGGGGGGUGGGUAAUGAAGAGGUCAGGGGAAACCAUUCCCUCAAACAGCAAAAAGGGUAGCUAUCUGCCAAUCAGUAUGGCAACAAAAAGAGAACAUUCUGCAUACUUUGAGCAGUACUAAUUUGGUCUUCCCCUCAACCCACAAAGGAGGUACAUCCCACACAUAUAUUAGAGAUCGAAUGCACGGUUAUGAAGGUGCAAAACUUCAUUCUGCCUGGUGACAUUUCUCUGCCAUCCUAAUCGCUAUAGAACACACAUAAUCAUGGGAGAUCUAGCCUUGAGAACUCCUUAAUUUGAACAUAGCCCUGAAUAAAAACCAGCAAAAACAAAAAUCCACAACAUACACACAUCCCUGACUGUCAUUCUGAAAGCAACUUGGAAACAUAUGUUCUAUACAUUUGCUUGGGCAUUAACAGGAUAUUAAUGUGUAUAUAUGACAUAAGAUGAGCCUACUGGAUCAGGCCUAGCAUCCUAUUCUCACAGCGGCCAGACAGUGUUAAACCGCUUGCACUAUGUUGUGAUAUAAAUUUUAACACUAGUACUUUACUUUUACCUUCUCUUUUGUAAAUUGAUUUGUGGAUUGAUUGUUUUGGUAGUUGGUAUAGGACUUGCCGAUCGCAUGGUCGGCGGUUCGAAUCCCCACGAUGGGGUGAGCUCCCAUUGCUCGGUCCCUGCUCCUGCCCACCUAGCAGUUCGAAAGCACCUCCGGGUGCAAGUAGAUAAAUAGGGACCGCUUACCAGCGGGAAGGUAAACGGCGUUCCGUGUGCUGCGCUGGCUUGCCAGAUGCAGCUUGUCACGCUGGCCACGUGACCCGGAAGUGUCUGCGGCCAGCGCUGGCUCCCGGCCUAUAGAGUGAGAUGAGCGCACAACCCUAGAGUCUGGCAAGACUGGCCCGAACGGGCAGGGGUACCUUUACCUUUACCUAUAUAUCAGGAACUGGGCUCUGCUUUGAUUCUGAGAUCAUUUAAUCAUUAUAUAUAUAUAUAUAUAUAUAAAAUGCCAUCAGAUGCCUUCUUCUUAACCACAGAGAUGGAAUAGGAAGAAAUCUGAUAUUUGCCAUUGAUGCUUGGUGCUGCCACUAGCAGAGAUCUAGGGAUAUCAGGGAUACAUGCCUUUUUUAAUUUAGGAGACCUGGAAUUCAUAAUCUCUAUUCUGUUACAGUACAGAUUUGUCCAUGUGGAACGGCCUUCUCAGUUUGGCGGUGACCCGUGUGAUUACUCUGACAAAGAAACUGAAGACUGCGUUACAAACAGACCUUGCAGGAAUACAGUUAGAUGUGAAGGCUUUGUGUGUGCCACAGGUUAGUGAAUAAGAAGUGGUUUUCCUAAAUUUGAAGCCAGUGGCUAAGCCCCCAUGUAUUGUAUUGUAUUCGAACUUAAUAGAGUGAAUGAAAAUUUGAACUUAAUAGAGUGAAUGAAAUCAUACUCUUGGCAGACCUUUUAAACUGUAGAGUAAUAGUUCACAUUGUUUGAUUUGUCACAACUGAAAUUUGAUAUGGUUUGCAUUAUUAAACAGACAUAAUUAUAAAACCAGCAAGAAGAAUGGGACAACAGGGAACAACAAUGGCCUGGUUUGCGCAUCAUUUUAAACCACAGUUAAACUAAACUAUGGUUUAUAUGCGAACACACAGUGUGCUGGUGAAUGAUGCAAAACAGUGGGUGAUUCACUUCUCUCGAGCAACUUCUGCUGUUGCGCUGCUGGGAAUCAGGCCAGAGUCUGGGUCCGGCACUAAAUUCCAAUCUGGGUUUGCUGCUUUCCUGACAAACCAUGAAUUGAAACCAAGGGUUGUUAUUGGCUUACCAAUUAUGGUUUGUUGGGAGGAAACAAUCUACAAGCCUGAGUUCAGACUAAGUCAGACGAUGGACUGUUUCCUGGCAGCACAUAUAGAGCAUGAGCAGGGAAGGAGUGAAGUGCCUGUAACGUCAACAGUGUACACCAGCAUACUGCAUGCUCAUAUUUAAUCCAUAGUUUAAACAGUUCCAAUCUGCGAGGUGCAGUGCUUGUGCAGACGGAAUGUGCAGACACAAUGCACAAUGUUCAAUUCUACCCGCUGUGUACCCCUGGUGGUGUCAUGUUUCAGAAAUCAUAAAUGAUAUGCUCUCUGUUAGCUUUAUCAUAACAAAAUUUAUUUGUUCCCGGCUCCCUUUCUAGGUUCAUUUUAAGAGGUCCAUACAGAUCAAAAUGAAGCUCACGUGCUUUCUCUCAUGUCUGCUGUUAAAAUUUAUUGGAUUACAUUAUGCCCAAGCCUGCUUGGUAAUCACGCCUGCGUGUGCAUUUUCCAGCAGUAUACAUGGCAGGGUGCUGGAGGUAUAGAUGCUCUAGACAGGCUGCAAAGAAUUUCAGAUCUGUUCUGGGUUAUAAACUGCAGCAAGAAAAAUAAGAAAACUGCCUUCCCAAGCUCUUAUAAUGACUCAUAUUAUACACAGCUAGAAUUUCAAAAUAUUGCAGUCGUAUUUUUUUUAAAAAAAGAUACUGCAGCAACAAUCAUCAACAUUCGUAAUAUAUUAAGAAUUACUCCUCAUCAGCUUUCUCCUCAAACUUCGCUAUAAAACAAAAAAAUGAGGAUUUAUUAGACACAGCAGUGCUGUCUCGAUUUCUGCAGCCAGGAAACUCCAGGUUGCUGUUUGCUUGUUUUUUAUGCAAUGGCAACAUUUGGAAUUCCUACAGAAAUUGUACUUUUUUUGGUGGUUGCAGCAAGUGAUGAAAGGAUGCAGGAAGCAUUAAGUUGGUAAUGCAAAUGGGAUGCCAUGGGAAAGAGACUUUGCAUUAGGCUAUGUGCAACGUUGGCAGAUUCUGCUUUCAUAGCAAGCAGGCGGUCCCCGUUUUCAAGAAGUUUAGGGCAGGGUCUUAUUCAAGCCAAGAAAGCAGUGGAAGCAGAACCAGAAGCACUUUGGGGGUCAAGGAGAAGGGGGAAAGGCAGGAAGUUGGCACAGGAAUAAGAGUUAUGGCAGGGCAGAAAGGAGGUUUUGAAAACAUAGACUCAAGAGUGCCAUAAGUAGGAUUUGCAGUACAAAUUUGCUUAGACUCAGUUUUAUGGAUGAGGAAUCCUUAGGUGGUGGACAUAUUUAUAUACUACUAGUGCUAAUAAUAAUGAUUAUUUAUAUGCCACCCAUCGAACUGGGUUACCCCAGCCAAUCUAGGCAGCUUUCAAUAGAUUAAAAUACAGCAGUAAAAAUCACUAGUAGGUAACUCAUCCUAUUGUAGUUUUGGGGAAUAGAGAACAGGGAUAUAAAUCCAAGGUUAAAGCCAUUGCACUGUAUUUACCCACUUCUAUAGAUCCAGGUUUAGUAUUCAAACAUGGCCCAUCAACUGCUGCUUCUCAGCAUAGGACAUUGAGUGCAGGCUGUUCAGUUUCUCAACUUUUUGCAGACAGUGGCCUCAUUCAAAUAUAAUGAUGAACUGUUAUUUUUCAAAACAUAAAUGAGACAGUGCAAGCCUUGGGUUUGAGUGGCCACCUUCCAGUCUCUUCUUUUGCACAAGUACAGUGAGGAGAUUGGAAGAUUUCACCUCCAUCUCCAACUGACCACAGUUUAAUGUUACAUCCGAAUCCUAAACUGUAGCUAAUCUGAACUAAGGUGUAUGGACACCAGUCAGCAUCACAAAGUGAGGUUUGCAUUCAGCAAAGCAUAGUUAAAACUAUCCACAGUUUGUCCAGCUUAUGACAUAACACUAAUCGGACGUUAAUUAAAAAAUGGAAGUGAAAGCUUCUCAUUUUCCUCCAGGACUGACCCAAGCCAUCUUGUUGUGUGAAGCACAUAGCAACAUGUUCCACACACCCCUUUUCAUGUACAGAAACUAACUAGCAGUUAAGUCUUGCUUUAACACAUACAAUGUGAUAGCAUCUGUCUGUAUGUAUAUCUCUGUGCACCUGAGGACAGCAGGCUAGUUUAGGCAUAUUGCACACAUAUUUCUAAUCUCCAAUGGAGGGGAAUUGUUGAGGAACAGAACCUCAGGAGGAACUUAAAGGGACUACUGCAACCUCCUCUAGCAUCUGCACCUGAGAUAAUUGCCUUACUCUGCCUAGCGGUAGGCUGGCAGUGCUUCUCAUGGCAGUGCAAAGCAGAACAGGGAAGGUGUGAGCCUGAGGUUUGCACAGGAACAUCGAUGUAACAGUAAACCAUAGUUUAUUAUUACAUCCAAAUAAAGCUAGUACGAGCAUGCUUUCAAGCAUUUCAGCACAAUUCUAAAGUACAGAAACAUUGCCUUUUCAAAACAAUGAUCCUCAAUACUCAGUACAUUCUAUAUUUCAACCAGAUUGCUAGGUUAUACAUUGGCUGCAUGUUGCAAUUACAGUUGUACCAUAUUUCUCAAGUUCUGCUAGUGACGACUUUUCGCCUAAGAAAUGCAAUACAAUUUGCCGCUAAUUUAAGUUCAAAAUAAUAUUACAAAAAUGUUUAUGCAGACUCAUCCUAAUCAAUUAAAUGUGCCUGGUUAUUAAACCCGAAUUUGUAAAGGAGCAGAUAAGCCAAGCGCUUUCCCUGAAAUAAAUUGAUAAUUGCAUCUUCACAUUUUCAGGGGUCAGGGGCAAAGCAUUGCACUGAUUGAGCUAAAGGGAAAUAUCAGAUUAACAAUUAAUUAGUGUGUUCCCACUCUGUGUUGUAGGGAGAUGCAUUAAUCGGAGGCUGCUUUGCAAUGGAGAUGAUGACUGUGGGGAUCAGUCAGAUGAAAGAAAUUGUAAGAAAGUGUAUAAAAAGUGCAGCCAGGAGAUGGAACAAUACUGGGGAAUACAAAUGCUAGCAAGUGGGUAAGCAGUUCCAUUAUAUUUCCAGAAACAGGAUUGUUGCCAAAUGGAACAAUUUGCAGUUCUACCUUUAGAAUUGAGGUGGGAACCAUUUUUUCAGCUUGAGGGUCACAUUCACUUCUGGGCAAUCUUCCCCAGAGCUAUAUGCCAAUGGUGGGUGGGACCAGAGGUAAAAGUAGGCGGAGCAACAAAUGUAAAAUUUACCUUUAUUCAGCAGGCUAGUUUCUGCACCUGCCCACCCCUACCCUACAUUCAGACCACCAUGAGGAAUUAACAGAGUUCAAGGAAACAUUCCAAAAACACUCAAGGAGGGUGUGAAACUAGGCUGGUGAGGCUGUGGCCUGGGAAGAGAUGAGGUGAUCAGGGAGGGGAAAAGGCUUUGGGGAUUCUCAAGGGCCAGAUAAAUAGGCCUAGAAGUCCACAUUUGGCUCAGGGGCCUGGCUGAGAUUUCACAUUCCUGCUUUAGAAGAGAAGAACUAUCAACAAAUUCUAUGACUGCUUAGAGAAAGGGGGGAUUUUGAGACACAUUCUCAUACUUCCUAGAAAAGUAGCCAUGAUACCCUCUUGCAGCAGAAUUUUACAACAGGUGUUAGAAACUUUUUAGCUCCAUCUGAACCUUCAUCAGCUCAUGGGAAGAAUCUACUUCACCACCACCUGUUCAUUACCCAGGCGAGGGAACAGCUUUUAAAUGAAACAUGGAACCAAAGAAUUACAGCAAGCUUAGAUAUUAUUUUAAUAGCUCAACUUAACAUGGUUGUUCUAGCCGAACCACCACUUCAGAAAAAGGUCUGACCAGAGUAAAAACAGAACAAAGCUUAUAUUGUAGCUCAAACACAGCACACAAAGAGUUAUAAAACAUUGAAACAUUCCUAAACAUCCUUCUACAAACAUUCCUGUCCCUAUCUGUUCCUUGGAACCUCUCAAGGAGAUGCCGGAUUUCUUCACCCCGAAGCUAUCUCAAAGCAGAAGUAGCAGAAUAUCCUGAGUGACCGUUUGUGCUACUUUCAGGGUCAGAUAGGAAAGGAGUUUAUCGCAAGAGUCAUAAAAUGCAGGCACACCAAAACAGGACUAAUACAUUCUAGCCAAAGGUCCAAUACAAUUAAUAUUGGAACGUUUUUAAAAUAAAAAAAUUCUAUACCCUGGGUGUCCCAAACCCCUGGCCUACCUGGUGGCAAGUCAGUAUGUCAAGUUCCCAGUCCAGGGUCAGUCCACAUGCCCAAAGUCCCACAGAGAUCCUGGAGCAUCAACAUGGGCAGUUACUUGAGCAGACACAGCACCUCAAUGAUUGCAGCAUCUGGGCUUAACGAGGCAAAUGACCCUCACCUGUUCUGAGCCUACUCCAGCUGAAGAAUCACAUAGCGAGCUCCACCUGGCCAGCUAGGGAGAUGGGCUGUGGGUUAUUGCCUGCCCCAGCCUCCAAGACAGAUUCUGCUGCUGCUCCUUACACCUCAGAGCCUGCUGUGGAGACAGAGACCCCUCUGGUGAUGGGUCCUGCUGCUCUGUUUCCUGUGCACUGACCCCUGCUCCCAUCCCCUCUGGAAAGCACAGUAGCUGCAAUCUGGUAUAGAUAAUGCUGAACUGACUGAGCCAACGGUCAGACUUCAGUAUAAGGCAACUUGCUAUGUUUCUAUUGCAUAUACUAUAGCCUCCCUCACACACAAGGCCCUGUCCACCUAUAUAUACAUCUAGAAAGGAAGCAAUGGAACAGGUUUUAACUGUUUCAGGUUUUAACGAUUUUAACUCUCAUGGACUGCCACACCUGACUGCUGGGUUCUGUUCAGCUUAGUGGGUUACAAGUAGUGCAAGUAUGAAAAAAUUCAUAAUACUUUGGAGGUUCUCUCCUGGAUGAUAACAGAAUAUAAUUUGUUCACUGUGUCUGGGAAAAUCAGUAUGCUUGAUAGACAGACCCAGUUUUGACCCCCUCCCAUUUGCUGCAUUACUGCUUUUUAAAAAAUUGUGUAGUUUUUCCAAGGCCAAAACAGGCCUCAUAUGAACUAAAAGAUGUUGCCGAAAGAAGAUGUAUAACUUACUUUGAAUAACCAAUGUCUAAGCACGGCAACUUUACCCAUUUCCCUUCUCCCCAGAUUAAAUAUUUUCACAAACGACCUGGAAGGAUGGGUUUUAGACUAUAAAUACUAUGCUGGAGCAUGUUCUCCCCAGUAUAUUGGAGACACCAAUUUCAGAAAACCAUACAAUGUAGAAAGCUAUUUGGCAGAGGUAUGUAUUAAAGAGCUGUACGUGCAGUUAAAAUUCCUCGGAUUGUUGAUACAUCAAGUCAUUUAUUAAAGUGAAAAUAAUGCUCAACCAAAUAUUUAUGUUUUAUGCUUACGUGUUUUAUGUGAAGUCCAAGUCACUUGGGCUUCCUCAAGUACUCUACAUAUGUGUGUUAGAGAUAAUCCAGAAGACCUCUUCACUGAUAAUAUCAGGUAUUAUGAGUUGCAUUUUUCCUUCAUAAGGAAGAUUUUUCAUAUUUUCAGCAAAGCAGCUAAGGAUUCUGUCUCUCUUUUAAUGAAUCAGCAAUACAUAUUUUUGUAAUAUAUUGUUGAGGCACUUAACUUUCUACCAACCAGCCAUAUGCCUUAUGUGUAAAACAUGUCUGCAUGUGGACAACUAUGUAUUUAUUUAAUUAUGAAUGCCAUUUAUUUGCUGUCAUAUACAGAAUAUUGGUUUGCAAUAAAUUUAUUUAUUGGUUUUAUUGGUUUGCAAUAAAUAUGUAGAAUGAAAACUACAAAAAUUAUGAUAACUUUAGGCGUGGAAUCAGGAUACAAAAAGUUCCUUAUUCAUGUUUUUUGUUUAGACCAAAGGCAAAUAUGAAUUUGCGUUGACUGAAUAUGAAUCUUAUUCAAAUUUUGAAGAGAAUGUCUCCAAGGCAAAAGCGGAACAACAAAGCUUCAGCAUUGGCAUAAAAAUACCAGGCAUGUUUGAAGUUGGUUACAGUAAGGAUGACCAGAGGUACCAGAAGUACAUUCAGAGGACAAAACGAUUUUCUUCAACGGUAAACAUGCUUCUCCAUAACUCUAGGUUCAUUUUAGUGAACAUGGACAGUUUUAGAAACACUGUGUACUGUCUUUUGAAGUUAGGAAAAGUAAGGGUGUUUUUUGUUUUGCUCAAAUGUUUUCACACCACAUUUAGAGCUGAAAAUCACUAUAUUCAGAGAUUUCUUUCUGUUGUCACAUCACCCUUUCUGAAUUAGCUCCAAAACAAUGGUUCAGGUCUGGGAUCAUUCUGACACAUUACUCAGUCCACACCAUACAUUAAAGCACGAUCUUCGCACUUCAAACAGUCAUGGCUUCCUUUAAAGAAUACUGGAAGCUAUAGAUUAUUAAGGGUGCUUAAAGUUGUUCGGAGACCCUUGUUUCCCUCACAGAGCUACAGUUCUCAGAGUGGUUUAACAAUCCAUCUCUCUUCAGUGGCAUGUCUGGAAAUUAUAGAUCUAGGAGGAUAAAUUAGGGGUCUCCAACCAACUCUCAGCACCCCUACAAAGCUACAUCUCCCAGAAUUCUUGGGGGGAAGCCAUAGCUCUUUGAAGUCGGUUCGUAGUGCUUUAAAUGUGUGAUGUAGAUGCAGCUACAGUGACUUACUGGGUCACAUUUUCUGCAGUCCUGGCUUCAUAUAUAGGAUUUCCAUGUUGUCACCGGUGUCAGUGUUGACCACCUAGGGGGCCCUGAAUCCAAACACUCUUAUCUGCUUUCCCCUCCCAAACAGAUGAUCCAUUUUGUUUUAUUUUAUUUUUAAAGUAUGUUUUUAUUGAUUUAUUAUAAACCUAUAUGCCAACUAUCACAUAACCUCAUGCCCCGAGGGGGAAUGAAGAAGAUACAGUAACAACUUUUUUCUAAAUGAGUUGUUGUAUUUAUUGUAUGGUAAUCUUUUCCCCUUUUUCUUUUUAAAGUGAUGCCUAUCAUUGUCAUAACCUUAUGUCAACCACUUUGUGAGGUCUGCCUGAAAAGUGAUCUAUAUAUACUUUAAAAACAAACAAACAGCCAUACAAACAAUAACAGAAUGCUACACAGAUCCAUAAUUUCAGGGAGGUUCCAUGGAAAGAAAGUUGUGCAGUGAUGUAUAUGGGCAGCAAGCAUAUAUAUUGUGAAGGAAUUGGAAUGAAUGUCUGUGGAGGGAUGUAUGCAAAAGAUCUGGCCAUGUAAAAGUGUGCAUUUUCGUUUAUUGGAUAAGGCUACAGGGGAUGUGUGAGAGUCCCCUACAGGUAUGAUCGGAAUUUGACUGGAAGGCUGGGUUCAAAGCCCUGAUGCCCCACCGCUCACUUCUGCUUAAGAAUCUCUUUCUCCAAGGGUACUUUCUGAGAUGGCUGCCGUCCUGUCCUUGGAAUUUCCAGAGGGAUGUCAGCAUGCGCAUAAAAGGCCAUGCUAAUGUUAGACUGGUGAAACAAGACAGGUGCUGUCAGUUCAGAAUAUGGCAAUAGAAGCAAAGAAACCAAGCUAUUCCACUGCAGGGCAGUCAUGACAGUAAUAUAUAACGAAAACUGCUUGCAGGCCUUACAUAGUUUAAUUAUAGACUGAAGCAAGCCGAUUCACCUUGGAAGAGUCGGUGCAUCCACUGAAAUGCCUUGUUCAGGAAAGCAGUGUGGGUUGCAUGAAAUACUCGCAGUUUCAUUGCGGGAGGAUGAUACUGAUCCAUGUAGAAUUUAUUUCAAAACAAACCACUUGAUACUUAAAAAGCGGGACUGGAUUUCAGCACUACAAAAUCUUCAAAUUCUUCAGCUCACAAAAUUAUGGGGAGAAGAAACCUUAUUAUCACUGAUAUGAAAAAAUAUUUUUUUUUUAAAAAAAAUGGUUAUAAGAUUUAGAUACUUAGGCAACACAAAUAUCGGGGGAGUUUUCCAGCUGAAACUCAGCCUCUCAGGUACCAUUGCCAUUUUAAGAGAAUGAGGGAGGCAUUCAUGGUGACGGCACCUCUUUUUCUAGAAAAAUAGCACUGACAAUUAUUAUUAUUAUUUUUAUCAAGUGCAUUAGGAAAUUUGAUUCAGUGCCAGAAUAAUUAGUGUACUUUUAGUUCCCUAAUUAAACUUGAAGAUUUAUUUCGAUGAAUGAAUCAUGUGAAUACAGUUAGCUAUACAUAUAUCCCCCCUCCCCCCCAUGUAAAAUAUACAUCUAGUUGGCACAACUUUCUUGAAGGUUACUCUACUAUUACAUUUUCUCAUAUUUUUGGCUUAGACAUGAGUCUGGAUAUCUUUGUCGCAAAGUCCAUAGACUACCAUACAACCCAGUGUUAUUUCUGGCUUCACCCAAGGCAAAAUGAUUAUUCAGUAGGGUUGGUGGGGCAGCACAGAACAGGCUUGUGAACCAUGGCAGACUUGGGUACUAUGGCACCCUGUGCAAAGCCAAUAUUUGGCAUGCUCCACUGCCUUCCCAAAGGCAGUCGCAGAGCCCUCCCACAGCCUUCCCAAAGCUGGAAAAGCACUAACUAGGCUUUAGGAAGGAAAAGGAAGGACUCUAAGAGCCUCAUAUUUCCUUCCCAAAGCCCAUUGCCUCACUUGCUGGGCUUUGAGAUGGUGCCCCCUCUUUGCACCAUCCUAAAUCCACUCCUGCUAGUUACCCAACGCAGAGGGCCAUGUAUGAUUAGGCAGUGGGUUAAAAGCAGCCUGAGGAGCACAUCUCAGACAUUUCUGAACAUGAAAGGAGGUAAAAGUCAUGCUUCUUGGAGGCUAUGCAAAGUGACUGGGGAAUGUGCAUAUUGCUCGGAGAAUGUACAAAAUGCAGCCAAAAUAACAGCUGGAGAAUGUACAAAAUUCAGUCAAUCUAUGCACAUUUCUCAAAGCCUUUUGAGGAGUAUGUAUAUUGACUAGGAAAUGUGUACAGUUCUCUUUUCAUGGAAGGAUUAUGUGCAGAUUCUCCAGGAGACCUGAUGAAUGGGUGCAAUGAAUGUGUUCAUGCCCCCCAUCUUUUAUGACAAUACCUGUGCUUUCUAGAAACAACUAAAGAUGCUGCUGUUCCAACCAACUUUUCCAACCUUAGGUAUUCAUUUUGUAUCAUUUUAAAAUCUAUUUUCAGUUGUUUUUGUGCCGUUUUAAAAUCUAUUUGUAGUGGUUUAUAAGUCACCUUGAAACAAAUGUAAAAGGUAAUAAAUCAAUCAAAGCAGCAGCAUCAUCACCUGUACAUUUAUUUCAUACUGAGGUUCAGUGUGAUAUGUUUUUCAUAUUUUAUUGUAUUUCCAAAAUGUAUUUAAUGCAAGCAGCAACACAGAUUGUUGUAAAUAUAUCUAUGGAUGUAUAAAUAUAUAGGGGGGCCUGUAAUGCAAUGGUGGAAGACUUUACAAAUAUCCUAUCUCUCAUUUGAAUGCAUUUGCUUCAAUUUAGUCUAGAAAAUUUAUUCAUGCCCGUUCUGAACUGGAAGUUGCCCAAUAUAAACUGAAGAGUCGGAAUUUAAUGCUUCACCAUGAGUUCUUCCAGAGACUUCUUCGCUUGCCUUUAGAGUACAGCUAUGGGGAAUAUCGAGAACUCUACAGAGACUACGGGACACAUUACAUUACUGAAGCUACCCUUGGUGGAAUUUAUGAAUAUACUUUGAUCUUGAAUGAUGAGAAGCUUCAAAGUGCAGGUAUGUGGGCAGAGACGGCUGUAGACAAACCAGAUUGUUUUAUGCUGACAUGGAACAAUGUUCUGAACCCAGCAUAGGUAUUUGACAUCACACAAGGUGGCAUAUUUGAGUAAAGCAAUAGUUACCUGAUUAAUUCAUUUUCCUGCAAAGAGAAUUGUUUGUUUGAUUUAGCUGGAUGCUGACUGUCAAGCUCUUUCAAUGAGAAAGCAACAAAUAUUUGUGAUUACAUGUCUGUAUCUUUCUGCUGGUGACUUUGUUUGUUAUUAUUUGCUCAGAUUUUAAAACCAUCUGUCUGAUCUGAGCAUUUACUAUUAUUAUGUGUGAUGCUGCUAAUCCCACUAUCUUAGACUCCCAAACCCAAUGGACCUGGCUAUCAUUUUGACACAGAACUUUCAAGGCCUAACCAUUUGGCUUGUAGCUCUGUACAUUUACAUUGGGGGCCUUGGAAACUUGCAUAUAUAUUAUUUAAUCUUUUAAUCUAGAAUUUAAUUCCUAUGAAACAAGAUAAAUAAAGGCAAUGUAACAAGUCAUGUUGAUAUUUAAUUCCUUAAGGAACAAGGAAGGUAUUUAUCUGACACCAUGCCUUCUUGUAUACAGUAUUCAUUUCCCUCACCCCCAAGAGUUGAGAUGAAGUAAUGAGGUUACAGGACCGGCCACCAAGAAAGGCAAAAUUGUCAUUCAUAAGAAGUUGGUGAUGGCUCCAGUUCUCUUUAAUGGAAUCCUUUCCCAAAGGAGGAGUGACAGAUGCAUACAAUUGGCCUUUCUGGAAAGUCUAAAAAGCUUCUAAUUCUGCCAGGCUGUUCUGUUGUUUUAGCUCCAGGUUUUAAUACAGACUCCGUUUUUGUUUUGUUUUUACAUUUUAGUGUGUGAUUGUUGAUAUUGCUGCUUUUAUUAUUUUAGAUCAAUGCAAACCACUUGAAGGUGUGAAUUAUUUUUUUUUUUAAAUCCCAGCAUUUCUAACAAGGAAGUAAUAAGUAAUAAGUGGAAAUUUAGUGUGGGAUAUUGUUACAUAGGUUGGUAUCAUGCAGAAAUAUCUGCAAUGUUUCGUGUUUCCUAUGUUGCUUCUGUAUGAUGACUAUGGCCUAUAAGCAUCACAGAAAUGAUGGUCAUUUAAGCUACAAUCCAGUACCAGGGAGGAAGCCGCAUUUAACUUUGUGGGACAUACUUUGUGCACACAGGGGUGUAUAAGGUUGCACUGUUAAAGUAUUUUUUCAACCACUUGAAAAUGGCUCGGAAACACUUUCCAAGAACAAUAAAGUGGCUAAAUCCAUUGAUAAAAUCUGAAGCUAACCCCCUCUCAAUCUUGUAGGUUCUCUAAGGUUUCUAGUUGUGCCACUCCUCUCCAUUUCUGUAAGCAUACAGAUCGUAGGACUCUGAGGAGCGGUAAAUAAUUUACUGGGACGACUCUCCUAUCUGACAUUGCUCUUACUGCUUGAUGGAUGGUGCUUUCACAAGGGCUAGUGUUUGUUGUGUAGAACAAAGAGAGCUUUGGGCUGUUAAUCAAUAGCUUCAGUCUCUUGUUUACCCAUUGGCAACGGGAGCUUGACAAACUGUCUGUAGAAGGUCUUACUGGAUUCCUCUCUAUGACAUGCAGUGACUCGGAUCCAGAGAAGUCCAUGCACACAAACAAAGCACUUCUAUGCAACCAACAUUUCUCUAGUGGCUGAUGCCCUGGAAGUCCCGCAGCAUUUUCCAGGGAGUUUUCGGGGGAUGUGGGAGCUCAGGAGAUGGGAAGCUGUAAAAUUCCUGGUCAUGAAGAUUCAGUGCUUCCAAUCUCAUGCAAUCUGUUUUCUCAUUUAUUGGAUAGCAAGAAGAUAGGACAGGGAUGGGGAACUACUAGCCUUUAGGCCAUAUCUGGGCCAUGACACAUCUAGUCUGUGGCCUCUCCACCUCAGCCCUGCACACCCCAGCAUAGAAAUCCCAUUGGAGCCUAUGAGAGCUUUCCCCACCCCAACCCCAAUCUAAGCAUGAUUGCUUUGUGAAGGGUGCUAUUUUCAUUGGAAACACAGGUGUGGAGGGAGAGAAUAGAAUAGAAUAGAAUAGAAUACACUACUAUUGUUAGUGAAGAAUUUAUCCUUCAUUGUGUGUAUGUUUAGAUGAUAGAUGAUAGAUAGAUAUAGAUAGAUAGAUAUUGAAAUCGAUAUUGAUAUUGAUAUUGAUAUUGAUAUAUAGAUAGUAGCCCAAGUCUUUCUCUAAGGGCCAAGGUAGAUGUGAUAUUUAUUGCAUACUUUGGCAUUGUGCAACUGUUUUUUGUUUGUUUAACAAAUAGUUGGGGAGCUUUAACUCAUGCACAAACCCCAUCCCCACUAUUUGCAAGGGGGAGAAAGCUCCCGUUGGUGCUAAUGACAGCUUUCCUCCCACUGGAAAUAGCAGGAACAGAGGGUUGAUUCCAUCAAGACCAUGGUAAGGGAAUGGGUUAAACUUCCCCUCCUUCCAAGUAGACAGGUAGGCACCUGUUUUUAUAUGGCCUUCUGGGGUGUUCUCUAGCAGUUUUCUGCUUAAAGGUAAAGGUAAAGGGACCCCUGACUGUUAGGUCCGUCGUGGACAAUUCUGGGUUUGCAGCGCUCAUCUCGCUUCAUUGGCCAAGGGAGCCAGCGUACAGCUUCUGGGUCAUGUGGCCAGCAUGACUAAGCCGCUUCUGGCGAACCAGAGCAGCGCAUGGAAACGCCGUUUACCUUCCUGCUGGAGCGGUACCUAUUUAUCUAUUUGCGCUUUGACGUGCUUUCGAACUGCUAGGUUGGCAGGUGCAGGGACCGAGCAAUGGGAGCUCACCCCAUCACAGGUAUUCGAACCGCCAACCUUCUGAUCGGCAAGCCCUAGGCUCUGUGGUUUAACCCACAGCACCACCCGCAUCCCACUGUUUUCUGCUUACCCAGUGCCAAUUGGGAGGAGCCUUGGCUUAGUGGUGGAAAACAUCUGCUUUGCAUACAGAGGGUCUUAGGUUCAAUCCCCAGCAUCUCCAGGUAGGGCUGGGAUUGUUACCUACCUGAAAUGCUGGAGAGUCAUUGUAGACAAUGCAGAGGUAGAUAGAACAAAGGUCUCACUCAAUAUAAGGCAGCUUCUUUUGUUCCUAUGAUCCCAUUUUCUCUCUCUGUUGCUAUUCCCAGCAACGUGGAUCCAGAGGGUCAGGAGACACUCGGAGCAGCUGGGGUUGGGUGCAUUCUUCCUGAUAGUGGAAGUGAAGUGUCAUACACUCACACAGAUUUCGGAUCCAAACCUGUUUCUUUUAAUAAAUAUUGUGUUCUCUCUCUCUCUCUCUCUCUCUCUCUCUCUCUCUCUCUCCUUAAGGCUACUCUUUAAGUGAUGUCCGGUCUUGUACAAAUCACGGAGUCAAAGUUGGUGCAAAUAUUUAUGGUGUUUAUCUAUCGGCUGGAAUAUCAAUUGCAGGUUGUGAUGCCAUUUUAAAAGAAAUUGGAGGUAAGUGAACCAUGGUCAAGGAAUGUGAACAAUCCACACACUAAUUUAGAAAUUUCAUUCAUGCACAAAAUACUUGUUUGAAAAAGAAAACAAUUUUGUUAAAAGGUGACUGUAAUUGUUGAUAAAACGUGAGUUUUAAAGGAGACAGUUCUGUAAAAAGCAUACUUUAUUUUGAAAUGUACCAGUCCACUGAAAAACAAUGGGCUGCUAUAAUGUUUCAGUGGUUGUUACAAACAUAGGAAACAGAAAUUAGCAGCCCUUUUGUAUAUAUCCUUCAAAACAUACUAAAAUAAUAACACAAAUGAAGAAAGAGAAAAGGAAGGCAAAAAAAGGACCAUCAGCAGUUUACCAAAGGCACACUAAAUAAAUCAAUUUAAAGUAAUGCAUGACUGAUCUUUGAUAGUUUUAUAAAAUAGUAAUUAUAAACAGGGCUUAAAGCGGACUUCCCCAACCUGUUGCCCUUCAGGUGUUUUAGACUACAACUUGAGUAGCCAUGCUGGCUGGGGCAGACUAGUGUUGUGAUCCAAAAUCUCUUGAAGACAAAAUCUAAUCUAGCUAAUCUAGAGGAUCACAAAGAUACAAUUUAAAAAAUAAUUAAAAAUGAUUGCAUAAAACAGUGAAUAAUUCCUUACUCACUUGAGCUCGUUGCUUAUAUUUCCUCUGUUUAACAAUAUUAAAUUUAAGGUGAUACGAGUGGACAUUGCAGUGUCUCAAGCUGCUAAGUGGCGUGUUCCUCUUCACAUUUCUGGACAACCUGGUGCAGGAAUCUUGUGCUAUUCAGGUCAGGGUUGGGGAAGUUUCAAGAGUGGAGAAGUCUUGAUGGGCACUUUUUUUAAAAAAGUUACCUCGCCUUAUCCUGCUGUGCUAUACUACUAACACUUGAUCAGGUGUGGAUAACCUUUGGCCGUCUAAAAUGGAUGUUGCUAAACUAUAAUUCUGUCAGCCCCAGAAGGCAUGCCCAAUUGCCAGGGAUUCUGGGAGUUGUAGUUCAGCAACAUCUGGAGCACCAAAGGUUCCAGAUACCUGCACUAGAGGUUUGAAAGGUUCAACCCUGAACAUUUUGAAGCUUUAUCAUCAGGGGAUUUUAUUGCCAGGGAGUGUCUUUAUAGAUUCUGGAAAGCUUGAAAGGAAAAGAGCAUUCCUUUCCCUUUCCUAUCCUUCUGAAACAUCCUGGGUUCAUUAUUAGAAGGAAGGAUGGCAUUCCGUCUGCAGCCUUGUGUGCAGGAGGUCUUUCCACUUGUCUAAAUCAUUGCUUGAUGUUACAGUUAUCAGAUGAUAAAUAUUCAUGUACGGAUGCACAUGUAAUCUGAACUGAUGUGUUUAAUUGUGCCUCUACAGAUAACACAGCAGAAAGGAAAGUUGUGGAUGACUUUGUCGCCCUUGUUCGUGGAGGUGCAAGCGAAUAUAUAACAACACUUGCUUACAAAGACCUGCCCACUGCAGAACUGAUGCAAGAGUGGGGAGAUGCUGUUCAGUACAACCCUGAAAUCAUCCGGAUGAAGGUGAUGUAAAGCAAUCACAAUGCUAUAUUGACACACUGAAAUGUGUUUGGGGAUACAAGGCUUGUACAAAUUUGUUAAAAUUUAAGUAUGCGAAUUUCAAAUUUUCACAUUGGAUUUGAAACUGUGAUGUAAUCAAGAUGGAAAAAUAAAUUUAAUUAUAUAAUUGAAAGAGAAAAGACAUGAUCAAUUAAAUUUCACAUUAGUUUCUAUCCAGAGAAAUGAUUGGAAGCGGUCAGUAGAAGAUUACUUUACAGUGCCCUGACUUCCCCAAGGAGCUCCCAUGUCUCUCCUAAGGGUUGGGUGCUCUCAUGGAAGGUGUCCUCGUCCAUUUUUUAAAAAAGCAUUUUCCACCCAAUUCAGGAGUAGAGAUUGGAGGAUCUGUCAAUUUUGGUUCCCUCUUUCUCAUUUCCCUGAUCAUAAAUUCAGUUCUCCACAUUUUGAAGCAAUGUGCAAUUAUCCUCAUGAAAAUUCAUUAGCAUUCUCGUACAAAUUUCUCUUAACACAACUUUAUAUGCAGCUUUAACAUUUUUGCAAGCAAUUUCCAAAAUAUAUUUUUGUAUGUUAUUUCCCCCUGCCCCAUGUCUUCAUUUUUAUGCACACUUGCCCCAUAUAUAUGCAUUUAUACAAACAUUGUUUAUUUGGAGAACUGCAUUGCAAAAAUUGGAUGUGCGUAUUCUGAAGUAUGGCUACACGUUCAUCGAUUCAGCUUUAAAUGAAAACUGAGUUGAAUUUCUGUUCCAUCCCUAUUCUAGAGUGUUUACUCUGGAGGAGGAAGGGAUACAAAAAUCACCUUCUACUGGUCUCCUUCCAUUGGCACAUCUUUGGAUUGAAACCUAAGGGUGGGCAAGCUGUAGUCCUUUGGUUGCGUGUAGCCCUGAGCCUCAUUUCAAAAGACCCUUGUAGGCUAACAAUUCAGACCUCUGGUGAUAGCAAUCUCUUAUUCACUUGCUGGGGAGAAAGGAGAGUUCAGAAAGAGAGUGAAAGCUGGUAACAGAUAAAGAGAGAGGAAUUGGGCCUCUGCCCACUGGCUGGUUUGUACCUUACGCACGAGCAAGUUGGCCCCCCCAAUAGGUUACCAUCACAGGAGCGUGGACCUUGACCCGAAAAGGUUCCCCAACUCUAGUUUAACAAUAGCUAUUAAAAUCUGAUUGCGGGGGGUGGAUAUCAUGGAUAUAGUGUUCAAGUAUUAACUCUGAAAACAGUGACUGUGGAGGGAAGCUGAGCUUGACUCUCUUUCAAAGGUGCCACUGAUGCCCCCCCACCACUUGGUUUGGGGGGAGAGUAGUGAUGGUUGGCACAUCUGGGUCAGACCAAUGAGGGGCUCUUCUGAGCCUUGGGGUCAGUGCCAGACCUGAGCAAACACUGGUGCUGGGUCUGAGGCCCACAGCCAGCAUGGUCAGUGCUAAUGGAAGUUAUAAUCCAAAACUUGAACUUAUGUAACUUCAGUGGCCUGAAGUGCCUUUAACCAGCUGUGACAGAUGUGACAACUAUGGUGUUUCUGGACAAGGAAAGCAUGACCACUGUAGUUCAGGCAUUGAUGACUUCAAGACUGGAUGACUGCAAUGCACUCUAAAAACCUUUUUAAUUUAAAGUAUAUUGCCACUUCUCCCCCCCUCCCCUCUCAAUGUAGGUGGAGCCACUGUAUGAAUUAGUAACUGCCACCACCUUUGCAAAUGCAAAUACCCUGAAACAAAACUUGAGGCGUGCCCUGGAAGAGUUCCAACAGGAAACGAGUAGCUGUCACUGCAGUCAGUGCCAGGGCAAUGGAAAUGCUUUUUUGAAAGGUAAGAUCUGGCCUCUCCCCUUUCAUGCCCCGCAUCACUGAUCAGAAGAGAGUGUGCUUUUGCCCCAGCUGUCUUCGUUUUCCCAUUAAAUAUCACGAAGGGAAUAUAAUAAGAAGAGAUAUUCAUUUAAAUGUCACUAUUGUUUCGUGGGCAGUGCAGCGAGAUAGCGGACUGUGCCGCUUUGGCAAGUGGAAUGUAAUCUUAAUCAUUUACAUUUAGGAAGGCUUUUCCAACUCAAUUAUGCAUAAAACACAAAGUUGCAAUCUGCUUGAAAUCUCUUUCGGAAAUAGCUUUGCUAAGCUUAGCAAGCUGACUAGCUCUCUGGCCAUUAAUUAGUGUUUCUCCCAGCUCUUGGAAGAUGAAAUGCCAUCUGCAACUGCUAAAGACUGUUAUCAUUAUCAUCACCAGAGAUUCUGCAUUGAGCGCUUCCCCCACCCCCCCGCUCACGUUUUGGGCUGCUCUUGCUUUGAAGAUGACACUGGCUUCACUGCACAGGGGAAAGUAAUUUUUGAAUUGUAAUAAAAUGAGUCACUCGGACAUAUGAAGCUGUCUUCAUACUUUGUUAGGGUAUCGGUACAUCAAGAAUGAUCGGUGCUGUGAGCAGCUACCCAAUAAGUCUCAGUGCAAAGACAGGGAGAGAGCAAACUGUCUGAUAUCAAGACACACCGUUUGUCCAGCUCUGAUUAGCAGUUGCUCUCCAGGGUCUCAGGGGUCUUGCACAUCACCUGUUGGCAAAACACGAGGCUCACCUUGUAGGCAGCUAUACAUUGGUGGUGGGUUGCAUUUGGCUUGGUGCAUCACAAGUUCUGCGAGAUCAGCAGUUUUCAACCUUUUGGGACUCUGACCCACCUUUAACUGAAGCAUGCAACUAGGGACCCCUUUCUUUCCUGUCAGAUCAGGCUUCAGUCUAGUAGUGGCUCCUGAACAACCAGUUGAAGACUAGUGUUCGUGAUAAGCAUAGUUUCAACACAACUGAGAUAAGGGCGAGGAGCACUCCCAUUUACAACCCUCUUGCAGAAGUACAACAUCAGCUUUUCCUGUGUUGUUACUGCCACCUCUUUAGAAAGGAUUGGGAAAGAGCCAACAUUGUGCUGAUUGCUUCCUACCCUUUCUGCACUGCAAUUUUUUUUUUACCUGCUUCUUGAGGCUUUGUGUGUAUAUAUAAAAUGGGUUCAGAAGAACGGGUUGACUCUACCUACUGUGUUUUUCAGGGACUCACUGCAAGUGUAUAUGCCCCCUGGGACAUCGGGGUCUUGCCUGUGAAAACACACUAAGGACAGGUAAGAGAUUAAAAGGAUUUUUUUUAUAUAAAGAAAAAGAAAAGAAAAAGAACAAACUAUUGGGAGAAAAUGACUACAGAAUGAUGCAUUUGUUUGUUUUUAUUUAGAAGUAUUUACAUAUGGCUUUAUAUUUAAACUGUCCAAAGCAAUUUGGAUGCUACCUAUCCUUUUCUUAUUCAUCUAGGAAGGUUUGCCAAAGUAAAAUAUAAUUCUAUAAUAUGUAUAUUUUGUGGGUGGAGAGGGGGUGCAUCUCUCAGUUCUAAUGCUCUUCUGAAAGCAUUGACAUGCACUAUCCCAGAUGCUUUCCAGAUGUUUUGGACUAUAAAUCCCAUCUGCCCCAGUUAGGAUGGCCAAUGGUCAAGGAUAGUAGGAUCUGUAGUCUGCAACCACCUGGUUGCUUUUCCUGUGCUGUACAAAUCCUGAGAUUGCUUAGAACUGCGUGUCCCUUUGCUUGUUACUAGUCUGGCCCCCAUGCUUUCUCCCUCCCAGCUCAGGGUGACUUCCUACUAUAGGAAGGAGACCUUUCAAGGUAUAGAUCUAGCCAGCUGACUGCCAGUCUGUGCUGUUAAAGGCAUCCCUCUGCAAUGGUCGUCAGACUCCUACCUGAAAAGAGAUCUUUGGAAGUGUAGAUUGAGUCAGUUGACAGACAGCUUGAUCGGUGCCUUCGAGAACUCUUUGGCACCUCAGUGCUCAGGGCUGGGCAGCCUCCUUCUUGAGGAAAGACACCUUUGAAGAAAGAAUCUGCUGCAGACUGGCAGAUCUGCACUUUCAGAGCUCCCCCUGCUAAUGCAAACAUCUGUACCUCACAUGUAAACCACCUGUACCUCUUGCCUGACUAUAAAUAUUUACGUGGCCAUUUUAAGGUGUUGGGUGGGUUAAGUUAUCAUGAGGCUAUUCAUGCUGUGAAUUGAUCUAGAGAAGGCACCUUCAUGAAGUAAGUUCUCAAGCUACUACAUCCUGAAUAAUGUUCCAGAUUUUUAAAUGAAUCAGUAGCAUGGUGUGUGAUAAAGAAAUGUCUUUUAGAUUCAGGUGUAGUUAUCAAUUUCAAAUCCGUCUUGCUCACAGCUAAAUGUAUCACUUUGAUGCAUGGUCACUCUCACCGUAUCCAAGAUGUCUGCUAGUGCAGAACCUAAAUAAGGAGAACUAGCAGAAGAGAGGAAGAUUGACACCAGGCAAGCACCAAAUCUGUAAUACUUUUACAGUAACCCUGAUUUUAAUCUUUCAUUCUCCCAGAUGUUGCUAUAGAUGGGAACUGGAGCUGUUGGUCUAGCUGGUCUGCAGCUUCUGGAGGACAAUGGACAAGAAGGCGGGAAUGUAACAACCCAGCAGUGCAGAAUGGUGGCAAGCCAUGCAUGGGGCCAAACACUGAAACUGCUUAGUGAAAUAUUGGAGAAGUUACUUGGAAGAGCAAUAGAAGGGCCCUAAAAGCGUUUUCUAUUUUCCACUAGUAUUAAUUCCAGUUUUUUUACAUUGUUAUUAUUGUUAUUUAGGUAGACACUUUAAAUGGCUGUGGUCUGAUAUAGAUAAACUCCCUUCAGGCAUGGAGACUCUGGCAAAAGUAUUGAUAUAUGUUUUCCUAUGCAGUUCAAUGGAUAGAGGGAAUCACAUUGCAUGAGCAGUGUUGAUGGUCCCCUUGUGCAGGACUUUUCUGUACACUUCUGAAUGAAUUCAUAUGACCUUUUAAACCAGAGUAUAAAUCAUGUGGAAAAUAUAAUUAAUAGAUACAUGUUCAGAACAUGCAGCAAAUAUAUAUGUUUAAUAUCUGCCACUGUGUUUUUUCCCAUUUUGCAUAUAUACAAAAAAGUCAUCUGUUACUCUGACAUCAAGAAAUUCACACCUUUUUCUUUAUUUGGCUGAACUUCAAUCGACUAUUUCCCAUGAAUGCCUAAAAAUACACUUUUUUCUAAUAGUCACUGGAGGGUGCUUCAUCCUGCUGAGAUAAAUGAAAGCUUUAAAUCUCAAUCACAGCAGCCUCGUCAAAUGUGAAACUUGAAUCCAAUGUGGUGGCGAUAGACUCAGUUUCCCAUUUAUUGCAUUGAACGUAAAUUGUUUAACCAAUUAGAUAUUGCCUUAAAGGGAGGAAAGUGAAUUGUGAAGUGCUCUCAAAUACCCCUGUGACACCCAAUAAUUUCAAAACUGUGUUAUAAUGAUAUGCUUAUUCAUUGGAUGAUUUUCCCCUGUAGAUUACCCUGUAUAAGAAAGACCUUCGCAAGCAACCUGGAACUGAAUGUAAAAAUGAAAUGAAAUAAAUUAAAAUUCAUAAAGCUUAUGGGCAAAAACACUUGAUCCACACAAAUAAAGAUUAACCAUUAUGCUGUA